CGCAGCUCCAGCUCCUAUCCGGCAAAAACUUAACUCGAACUCUAACUGAAACCGAACUCUAACUUUAACUUUAACUGUAACUCGAGUGUCCAGUAGAGCCACAGUGGUGCCAACGACAUUUGCACGGCUCCUCCGCUAACUGAAAGUGCGUGCGCUUCCUGCCUGGACACCAUUCCGUGCCCCACGGCUGCCAUCACAAGUGUUUGUUCAAAGUGAAAUUCAAGCUGCAGCGAAUCGGGAUCUGCUGCUAAUCUGCAAAUUAGUCAAAAAUUAAAGCAGUAAUUGAGUUUUUGGCAAAGUGAAAGAGAAGACACCACAAAGCGCUGCCCGCUGACUGCAGGAAGGAGAGCGCUACCUCUCAACACUGUUGUUGCUGCUGUUUAUGGCAUAUAAGCUAUGAAGCAAGGCAUGCAACUUACCGCCACUUGGCUGUGCCUAUUGGCCACAGCUGCCACCGUUGUCCGGGCCCAGGAAACAUCGGACAAGUGGUCGCGGCAGCUCGAGGAUGCUCCCACCUCCGACACGGAUUCUCUGGAUUGGAUACCACUCGCCCAGCCGCUGGACGGAAGCGGCGGAAAGGAUCGUUCCGGCAACGGUCGUGUGCUGACCUACUCGCAGACGUUUCCACCCAGCGCCCGUUUCGGGGACCUGAACAAGCCAGGAGUAUCCCCCGGAUCGCAGUUUGAUUUUUCGUACCAGUUUCCAAGGUACUCGAAUGGACAGGGACAGGCCCUGCCCCUGCGACAGGGACCACCGUCAUCGCUGAAGACGAACUCCGGCCAGGAGCCCACAUCGCAGUCGUUCUUCAAGUUUGAGAUGCCCUUCCACAGUAACGAGGGGGGACAGGCCCAGUCGCCGCCCACUCUGCAGACGGGCUAUCAGAUCCAGCACACCUUUGGAGGCGGUCUUCAGGCCCCAUCUUCGCUGUUCAGUCCUCCCUCACUGUUUGGCCAGCAGCAGGCGCAGCCCUUCGGCUCCGAGUUCCAUACCCUGCCGCAGAAGCCACUGGCACAGACCCUGAACAAGCCCCUCCGGCAGCAAAACUACAUCCAGGACAUCCUGCCGCCAAAGUCUCAUGCGAAGCCGACGCAGCCAUCGCUGCAGAGCGUGACCCCCCAGGUCUUUCCCCUCGAUCCCGAGCCAGAGUCGAUCUUUGGGUUGAACAAGCCGGCGCCCUCGUCCGCUCCAGCCUCGAGUGGAGGUCGGCAGCAGGAGGUCCAGCUGCUGUACGUGCCCUACGACACCCUGUACAACCAGCAGCGACAGCAGUCGGGCUCCAGGCCAGGAUCUUCCAACUCCAACUUUGAGGUUAACAAGUUCAAUGUGAAUCCAGGACUUCCUGCCGUGAAUCCCUACCAGAUCAACCAGUUCUACACCCAGGAUCCCAACGUGGGCAGCGACUUCUUCAGCGCAGGAACCACCUCUCGACCGAGCACCACCACCAGCCAGCCGCAUAGCAUCUUCCAGAGCUUUGGCCAGUCCCAGCCGCAGCCACAGCCGCAGCCACAGCCGCAGGCACAGACGCAGUACUCCACCGCCAAGCCCAAGCCGAAGGCUCACCAGCCCCCGCUGGCGAUGUUCCUGCUGCGCUCCAGCUCCCGGCCAUCGCAGUCGGAUGUGGUGGCUGCCCUGCGCAGUGCCCACAGCAUUUCCGUGAUCGAUUCCCCAACGAAACAGACGCCGGAGAUCUUUGUGGGACCCGCAGGAAUGCCCAUUCCCGAUGGCUAUGUGAAGUUUGACCUUCCGUAUUUGUCGCAACUGGCGCAGAGCCGCGACCUCAGCGAUGUCUCCUUCUUUGUGGCACCGCUCAGCUAUCGUACACCGAAUGGAUUCAACAAGAUCCUCCUGCCCGAGCCGCACGUGGGUUCCAUUGUGGUCAACCGCGCCAAGGACUCUGUUUCGGUGCAGACUCAGGCACCGCCACAGCGUCAGCAGCGUCCCUAUGCAGCCGUGAGCAGCACGCGGAAUCCCUUCGAGACCACAACCCAGGCACAGGCACAGGCCCCGUUGCAGUCGCAGUCACAGGGUGCAUCGGGUGCACCUGUACGCGGGAACAAGUUCAGCUACUAUUACGUACAGGACGGCAUCCAGGAGGUGAGCUCUCCGAAGAUUCCCGCCAAGCAGGAGCGCCACAAGAAGAAGCGACCCCAGAACGUUCAGGUGGAGCAUCAGCAUCAUCAGCAGCAGCAGCAGCAGCAUCAGCAGCCUAUCUACCGUCCACCCACCAAGACGCAGAACCCCUUCGACACGCUCAAUCAGAUCGGAGGCGAUGACUUCUUUAAGUCGCUAACCAGCAAGCCCACCACUACCAGCUCUACAUCCACCAGCACAACAUCGACCACAACCUCAACGACUUCCACAGAGGCGGCGCCCACCCAGCCCCUCUUUACGUACAGCACCCGGCCGCAGGUGGAAUUCCCCGGCUCCAGUGGCCACCUGUAUCCCGAGUACCUGCAGCCCGUCGUCCAGGAACAGCAGCCCCGUCUGACCACGCGACCGCCGACGGCCACCACAGUGGAAGAAGAGCAUCGCAUGAAGCAGUACUUCCGGCAGCAAGAUGCCUUCCGCCAGCGUCCGCUCACUACGAUUCCGCCCGCCUUCGAACAGGUUCAGUACACGCCCAGCGCACCCGACUACGAGGUGCCUACGACGCAGAGGGUCAAGAGCAAGCAUCGCGUGAACAUCUAUACGCCCGCAGCAGUGCCGGUUACCACCUCGGAUGUGGGCUACCAAGUGGACCAAGAGCAGGCGCAGGCGCCGCUGAAUCACAGGCCCAGCUUCAACCAAGUGCAGAACGAGAUUCUGGAUAACAGCAACGUGGAUUACGAGCCGAACCCCUACCAUGUGCCGUCGGAGCUGCCGGCCUUGACGCCCGACAUUCCCGGAUUGGUCAAUAAUCUCCAGGAGAAAGACAAACUCCAGCCAGGAACAACCAUCACGCCACAGAGUGAACCCGAGCCGGAAACGCGACCCACCCGCCGUCCCCUGCUGCGCACCCGCAAGCCAGCCGUUUCCAAGGUGGUGACCACCUCCUCCGUGUCGUACUCCGAGUCCGAGUCAAGCGGAAAGGUGCCGCAUCGCAUCCGUCGACCAUACGGUAACCGAGGCACUGCAGCCGGAACCGCCUCCACCACGGGCGGCGGCGGAGACCAGGGAGACGACUCUGCACCAAUCCCCACCCGGCGACCAACCAGCGCCCGGAAUCCCCUCAUUCGGAAUCCAAAUCGCAUCCGCUACAGGCCCACCACCGAGGAGCGCCAGUCGCUGAAGGUGAAGACCAGGAAGGGAUCAAAGAACGGCCAACGCGAAGACCAGGAUCUCGACUACCAACGUGACGUGCUCAAGCAGAACUAUCCGGUGUUCAAGGGCUCCUCCUCCGCCCCCUCGCGCCGACCCACAAGCCCCACAGCCAUUCCCAGUUCGUACGACUUCCAGGCCACCACCGAGGGCCCGGCUUCGGAGUCACAGCAGGUGUACACGGUGACGCCCAGCAACAGCAUCGACAGCGCCAGCGUUCAGGGUUCAGGAUUCCCGUCCAGCCUGCUGGAGCCCAUGCAGAUCGCCCAGCAUUACCAGGAGUUCUCCAAGGACAACUACGGGCCCGGCUACUUCCCCAAUCAGGAGGAUCUCACACCCACCGAGGCCAUUGUUCGCAAUGAAGUGAGUCCCAUUAUCACCACGCUGGCUACCACAACGCCCUCGACAACUACGACCAGCACCACGACAACCACAGAGGCAGCGCCCACGACCACAACACGUCGCUCGCCGUUCGUGCGCCGAAACUAUCCCAGGGUGAGGACUACCACCACAACAGAGCCGCCAGUCACCAGCACCACGCCCUCGGAAGAGCGUCCUUCCAUUCGCACUCGCCUGCCGCCUCGUCGUGUGGUCAAGGUGCGACAACGUCAGCGUCGUCCAGGACACCCUGCCUCCUCCACUGCGGCCCCCGAAGAGGAAGUCCAGGAAGCAGCAACCCAGAGGACAAAUCUCCGCAAGCUGAGCCGCUACAAUCAAGAGCCCAAAGAAAAGGAGCAGACAACCAUCACCCAGCGUCGUCGCUAUAAGCAGCCAUUCCAGCUGGAGGGCCAAGAGUCCCAGUGGUCGCCAUCCUCGGAGACUUCCAACAGCAACAACAAUGCCAAUGCCAACACCAACAGUUUCAAGCCACUGAAUCCCAAGUACAAGACAGAGGCGCACAACUUCGAGAACGAGCCAGAGAUCGUGACUGUGGGACCCACAGCGCAGCCCGAGACGUACGAGUUCAACGUAGCUGCGGAUCUGGCUGGAUCAGCCGUGCAACGCACCACCACCCUAAAGGCGCCGAACCUGAAACCAGAGAAAUCCUUUGCUGAACUGCUCGAGGAAGUGAUGGGCAAGGUGCCAGAGGAACUGGCCACAGAGUCACCCAACACCAGCAGCACCAUUGGCAGGCUGAAUAGGCGUGGCAAGUGGAAGAAGAGCCGCGUGACUAGUGGAUCGGAAAAUGGCGAAAACUUCGAGACGGCCGAGUCCCAGAAUCUGGGACCUCAGCUCUACAAUGCCCUGCAGGCGGCCAGCGAGAAGGAGGAGCAGCAGCCGAAGACCACCACCCCGCUGACACCAGCAGCCACCGAGGCUGAGACAGCAGAAGCGAUAGUCACCACCACGGCGGCCUCGCCCACGACGCCAGAGGAGUAUGAGGUGACCACCGCCAGAGCCUUGGAGGAGGCAACAAUGGCAUCGACGCUGCCAAUGGAGACGCUGGAAAGUGCCACGCGUCGCAUGGAUACCGCGGCGGAUGUGGAUGUGGAUGGGGAUGGGGAUGGCGACCUGGAGACGCAGCCCAGCAUCUUCUCAGAGGUGAAGAAGCAGCUGCACGAUUUGUUUGCCAUCGAAGAGAGCGAGGACGAGACGGUGAACGCUGCCCUGGCUGCCGUGGGUAAGCGUCGCCAGGAGUACACGAGCAUCAAGCGCAGCACUACUCCAGCCACGUCCACGGACAAAACCACUCUCUCACCAGCGGACGAUGAGCUGACAGCCACCACCACCACAGCAACAGAAGGUGCUUCGGAGGGUAGCAAAGAUAACUUCCACAAGGACCUCAUGGAGCAUGUGGUUUAUGCCACAUCCACAUCGACCAAAGUCACCUCCGAGACAGAGAUCUGCUAUCGCGGACGCUGCAUAAGGUCCGAGGAUCUGCCCGCCAACCACAAACUGCACUGAGCUGAGCACUCCUCCGGCAGAGCAUGGUGGACAUGGACUCUGCAUGUACAUAAGGGCAAACGGAAUACGCACAGGUAAAGCCUGGGGCCGGGGCGAGUGAGGGUGGACAGGCGGCCGCCACCUUAAGGGGCGGCGCUAGUCAGCACAGCUCCUCAUCCUCAGCCCGCAGAAGCGCACAAGCCGUAUCCAGAUGUAAUUAACUAGCUUUAAAUACAAAUAUGUUCAUAAGGAUAAGCAGAUCGAGGGUUUGAUGGAUGGAUUCACCCUAUGCCCAUUCGCAGUGACUAGGACUGGUUCGAAGGCUGUAGAAGUUCUUGGAUAAGAUGAAUAUUUAGCUGAAGACGCUUUGGAAUGAUAUUAUAUAUUCCUAUCAAAGAAUUUCUAUAAGCUUAUCCUGCUCAUCCUUGCGAGUGUUGUCAAAGGAGUGUUUCCCGGAUAUAUCGUAUUCCCGUUUAGAGAAUUUAGUACAUAGAUCUUAGAGUUAGCGAAUAAUGUCAGGAUAGCACAUAGCCAGCAUAAGUCUUGUACCAUACAAUAUUGUGUACUAACAAAUACAAAUACAGAUACCAAUAAAAUAAAACAACGAAAAUCUAAGCGAGAUAUUUGUUAGGAUUUGUAUAUGUUCUGUACAUAAAUAGAGUAUAUCCUUGUGUAUAUAAUAUAGUCAUGUGUAUAGCUAGUA